AAUGAUGACGACUCUCUGUUGUUGCUGAAAAAUACCAAAUUGAACGAGUAUUAUGUAGAUUAUGGAAGAGAAAACCCCCAACGUGCUGAAAAAGAUUCGUUAACUGCUCAACAGAGCUUGAGUUUUCCUGGAGAGGAGUAUGGAGUAGUCCUGAGACCUUUACUUCAAUAUUCUGAAGCUGUUCUGCCAGAUAUUGUUUUGCUUGAACUUGAAUCUCGGGAAGUUGAAAUAAAACGCAGGAAUGGAGAGUUCCGUUUGAGUUUCCGAAGAUUCCGUUCCUUUGAGACGUUCCUGAUCCUAGUUGAGCCAAGAGAUGGAUAUUCCAAGAGUAGUGUAUUUUUCCCUGGUGAUUAUUUGGUCUCCAUCAGAGCAGGGUGUGAAACCCUCCUACAUGGAGAAAAUGCUACCAUUGAAGCUAUAGUGGACUACAUUAAACAAAUAGAAUCAGACAUUUGUUUAUGCUUAAACCGGUUUUCUGCAGCUCAUGAAUUAGUCAGGUAA